AUGUGCACGCGCAUGGCCAGUCUAGCGACACAGAACCUUCACACGGUUCCCCCUCUGUGGUCUUCACGCACUAGAGAAGCGUGCGCGGGCGCCGCGCGUGAUCGAAGCGGGGCGCGGGCGGGAAGCGUAGCGAGGCGGGGGCGUGGCCGGGGCGGCGCGGCGCCUCAUUGGGUGCGAGGGCGAGGCGCCGCCCAACGCCGCCCGCCGCCCGCGCGCGCCCGCCCCGCGCCGCGCCUCGCCCGCUCAGUGACUCGCGAGUCAGCGCCAGCGUCGCAUGUGUCGCGUCCUCUCAACACAACCGCGUUACGUUGCAGAUGCGAGACCGGUGCCGCUAGUACGAUGCCGGCCGAGGAAGAACCCGCGGCCAUGGAGAGCCGAGACGCCGACGGCUCACCCCAGCAAUUCUGCCUGAGAUGGAACAACUACCAGAGCAACCUGGCGAACUGCUUCGACCAGCUGCUGCAGACCGAGUCGUUCGUGGACGUGACACUCGCGUGCGAAGGGCAGAGCCUGAAGGCGCACAAAGUGGUGCUAUCGGCGUGCAGCCCGUACUUCCAGACGCUGUUCAUGGAUAACCCGUGCCGGCAUCCGAUCAUAAUAAUGCGCGAUAUAAAGUACUGCGACUUGAAAGCGGUGGUGGACUUCAUGUACCGCGGCGAGAUAAACGUGUCGCAGGACCAGAUCACGGCGCUGCUGAAGGUGGCGGAGACGCUCAAGAUUCGCGGUUUGACGGACGUGAGCGGCGAGCAGGCGGUCCUGAGGCCUGGCGGGGUUGGCAGCGGUGGUAACGGCGGCGGCGGUUGCGGCGUGGAGGCGCGCGCGUCCAAGCGGGCGGUGAGUCGCGAGGCUGAGUCGCCGGCCAAGUCGCGGCGGCGCGCUUCCGCGGAGCGCAGUCCGGGGCCCAGCCCGCGCGCGCCCGCCUCGCCCGCGCCCGACGCGCCCGCCGACCUCGCCGCGCCGCCGCCACCGCUGCACGCCGACGACGUCGACAUCCGCCCCGGCAUCGCCGAGAUGAUCCGCGAGGAGGAAAGGGUGAGUACACCGUCCGUUCGCCUCGCCUCGCCGCGCUGCGCGCCCGAAACUUUUCCCGCCAUCCCCCUAGGCGCCCCCCGCGCCCCCUUCCCGCGCCGCGCGAAACUUUCCUUUCCAUAUCGCAUUACGUAA